AACUAGAAAACGCUGUGCCUUGAAUCAAGGAAGUGAGUAUUUUCUGGAAUAACAUUUAUUUUUUCAAAGUAUCAUUGAAAAAGAAAGGGCUUCCUCCGCCGCCUAUCGGCGUUGACACCGAUCUCCCAGUUUGUCCGAUGAACGCGCGUGCCCGCCGGUAGAUGGGGGCAUUCGGCCCCACGGGGGACGCACGGACUCGGGGAAGGUCUCUUUUUGGAGACCUCCCCUGGAAGUGGGAGCGCUCCGCUAUUGGUCCGAGUGAGUGAGGUGUCAUGUGUCCCAGGAGCCGUGAACGCAGCGCAGUUUUCCUGGAGAAAAGUAGGACUUAAAAUAAAUCAUAGGCGCUUUAAAAAGCAAGGAAGCGGUGGUUUCGAGCGGCGUCAUGGCCCGGAACGGUUCUGGAGGAGUCCUCUUCGCGCUCUGACGGUUUAGUGGCGCUCAAAAACAAUGGAGCAGAAAGAAACCGCGGAGCCGAACGCCAACUCCGAGCGCGUGAACCCCAGAGCGACGUGCAACGUGUGCAGACGACUCUACCGCGACCCGAGGAUCCUCCCGUGCCUCCACACCUUCUGCUCGGACUGCAUCGGCCGUCUGGAGCCGCUCUCCGGGGACGCGAGCAGCCCCGUCACGGUGCUCUGUCCCGAAUGCGACUUCGAGGUGGACCUCCCGGCCUCGGGCCCGGCCGGGCUGAGCACCGACCACCUGGCGCUGGACGAGGUGUUCCUGGAGGCCCUGGCGACGGACGGGCCGCUGGGCUGCGACCUGUGCGGCGAGGGCGGCGCCGAGAGGCGCUGCGACGUGUGCUGCGUCAACCUGUGCGCGUUCUGCUGCGAGGCGCACAGGCGCCAGAAGCGAACGGCCUCGCACUCCGUCCAGGCGCUGCAGGAGCUCAAGUCCCGCGGGCGCAUCUGCCGCGCGGUGCUCUGCUCGCUGCACCCCGGCCGCGAGCUGCGGCUCUUCUGUCCGCCCUGCGACCUGCCCGUCUGCCCGGAGUGCGCCGCCGCCCUGCACCGCGACCACGGCUGCCGCCCCGCGCGUGACGUCAUCGACCGCCACGGCGACGCCAUCCGGGAGCUGGUGGCGGCGCGGCUGCGGCCUCGGCUGGAGCGGCUGGAGGAGUCCCUGCAGAAGGUGGAGUCCUCCCAGGAGGCUUUGCGGGCGCGCGUGGACGCGGCAGCGUGCGAGGUGAGGGCGUUCGCGCGCGGCUACGCCCGCGCCGUGGAGGCGCACUGCCUCUCGCUGCUGCGCCGCCUGGAGGAGCUCCGCGUUUCGCGCAGACGUUCCGGCGCCGUGGACUUCGCCGAGAGGCUGCUGACCUGCGGCUCCGACGCCGAGGUCCUCAGCGCCAAAGGCGUGACCCUCCGCAGGCUGAGCAGCCUGGCGGACGGCGGCCGCGACCCCCACCCCGUCGCCCCCGACGACGGCGGCGCCAUCUGCUUCCGGCCGCGGGAGCCGGCGGGGGCGGUGGAGGGCUUCCCGGUGGUGGGGGUGGUGUCCUCCGGGACGGUGGACCUCAGCAGGUGCAGCGUCGAUGGAGAAGGUGUGCAUCAGGCCCGGCAGGGCGAGCCGGCCCGCUUCACCCUCGUCUGCCGGGACUCGGCCGGAGAGCAGCUGACGCGAGGAGGGGAGCAGGUCCUGGUCAGCAUCGCCCACAAGGAGAAGGAGACGUGCACGGUGGAGGCGGCGGUGACUGACAACCAGGACGGCUCCUACAGCGUGUCCUACAGGGCCGAGGAGCCGGGCCCGUACUCUGUGUGGGUGUGUGUCAGAGCCCAGCAUGUGGAGGGCUCUCCAUUCAGCCUCAACGUGAAGAAGCAGCUCAGGCGUCACAGUGGGAAGUUCCACUGCUGCUGCUUCUGCUCCAGCGCAGGAUCCAAGGAGGCCCGGUGCGGCUGCCCAGGAACCAUGCCGGGAGGCUUUAAAGGCUGCGGGCACGGCCACAAGGGGCACCCCGGGAAGCCCCACUGGUCCUGCUGCGGCAGCACCUCGGAGCGGUCCGAGUGCCUGCCUCACAGCGUGCUGGCGGCCGUCUCCCCCCGCGGACACCUGCGAACGGUGGAGCUGUGAGUCCACCGGGUCCACUGGGUCCACCGGGUCCACUGAGCCCACUGGGUCCACUGGGUCCACCGGGUCCACUGGGUCCACUGGGUCCACUGGGUCCACUGGGUCCACCGGGUCCACCGGGUCCACUGGGUCCACUGGGUCCACCGGGUCCACCGGGUCCACCGGGUCCACCGGGUCCACUGGGUCCACCAAGCCCACUGGGUCCACCGGGUCCACCGGGUCCACUGGGUCCACUGGGUCCAGACCCUGCAGGAUGAUGCAAGCAAGGCGGCGUAGCAGCAACCAGAAGAUCAGAGCGGCUGAGAGGAGGAGAGGCCCGGCGCCGGUUCGAUGCACAGCACAAGGCGACGCGAGCUCGAAGCCCUCGGUCCAGGUUUUAAAGUGCCGUUUAACCCGGAACCAUCACUGUGUCUCCAUUUAAGUCAAACAUGUUCACAUUUUAAGUUGUACCAUAAACCUUCGGCUGGUUUUUAAGGCUCAAACUCAAAAAGCUGAAUAUAAAACAGUUUAUAGUAGAGUGACUGUAUAUUUUUAUAAGCUUCAGUCAAAGCAAACAUAUUUUUUCUUGCUGAUAAACAAUCAUCAGUCUGUACCAAGCAUUCAUAUACAAAUGAAAAAUACUUGAUAUUUGCUACCAACGGUACUUUAUAAACUAGAAAACAGCUCAUGAUCUCUGUUUUAGUAUGUUCUAACGUGUCCUGGCUCAAUAUCUGUACGUUGGUCUUUUUACUGUUUCCUGACUUUUCUGCUGAUUGUUUCUGUCAUGGUUAUUUUUAAUGAACUGCUGAUUUAAAUCUCUUCCUGUAUCUUGUGUGAGCAGUGAACUUGACUGAUCUUUAUGGAUCGUGGUCCACAGCCUUCACAGUGACAGCAAGCCUCUAUCUCUGCCUCUUUUGGUGCUGGGCACAUUCUCAAAUUCAUUACUUCUGUAUGUUAAUGUCUUGCUGUGGACAUUUUCCUCCUCUGACAGUUUUUAAUGAUGCCAGUAUCGACAAUAAACACAGCUUCAGGUGCUGCUUCAUGAACUGUUA